AAACCAAGGAAAAGAUUGUCAGAUUCCGUUCCGCCUUCCGCCCAUCGUUCCGCCGUUUCGCGGUGACAGCGGUGAGUCCAUGGAUGUCAUGGCGUUCGCGCAUGCAUGGGAAUGUAAACAAUGAUGUAUAAGCUGUCGGAUGUACUCAGCUGACCUUUCAUAAGAAAAACUUCGAGCGAGCAUGGAAUUUGCCGCCGCGAAACGACGCAAGAGGUACAGGAGGAAGCGAUAUUUGAAAAGACGAUUGCGCGAGCGUGAGGUUAGGUCCAACGCGAGGCAGUGGAUGGCCUUCCCCGAGUAUGUCACAGACGCACGUGAGACGCUAGCGACGGGCACGAUGCAGGCCGACGCCUUCUGGAAGAAUUACGCGGUGGCCCAGGAGUGGCAGAAGCGGCACAGCAUAACCUGGUGGAGAUCACGUUGCGUCGCCCUCGAGCACGAGAAUAAGUUGCUGCGCGACAAGGUGAGAUCCCUGGCUCGGCGUCGCGACCAUCGUGAUCCUCCGCGGGAGGACAGUCGUCGCGCGGAGGACCAGACGGAAUUGGACACGAGUAACGAGGACCUGGAGUUCACCGUGACCGAGGACAUGCUGAACUUCUUCGAGACGAGCGAGAGGCACAAGCGAGAGAUGCGGCAGAAGCGCGAAUCCGUCGAAAGGACCGCGCGCGAGGGGGAGAACCCUUCGCAGGAGGUGCCCUUUGUCGGCGCCGCCGAGAGCGCCCGGGCGAGAAAGCAGGAGGCCGACCUGCUGUACGGCGACGCCGGCUCCAAGAUAUUGUCGAUGGAAACCGCUCUGCAGUGCACGGUGGAGCGAUACGAGGAUACGGCGAAUCUACAGUACUGGCCCAAUAUUCCACUCAAACCUUAGAACCUAGCUGAUCUAAUGACAUUCAAUGUAUUCUAAGAUCUAUCUUGAGAAUAAAUUAUUUUAUUUUUA